CGCUGCUUCAGGAGGAACUCCAGUCGGUCUCUCUCCUCUGUGACUCGCGGCUGCUGAGGAUGGACGCUCGGAUCUUCACCCUGCACGUCCUGACGCUCUGCUGCCUCAUCCACGGCUCUCUGCAGGGGGUGUACCAGCGGCGCCUCUACAAGGAGCUGAUGAGGAACUACAACCCGUUAGAGCGGCCGGUCAACAACGACUCCCACAGCCUGACCGUGCACUUCAGCUUCAGCCUGCUGCAGAUCAUGGACGUGGACGAGAAGAACCAGGUGCUGACGACCAACAUCUGGCUGCAGCUGUACUGGACAGAUUUCUACCUGCAGUGGAACAUGUCAGACUAUCCAGGUGUGAGCAACGUCAGGUUCCCCGACAGCCAGAUCUGGAGGCCGGACAUCCUCCUGUACAACAGUGCUGACGAGAGGUUCGACGCCUCCUUCCACACCAACAUCCUCGUCAACUCCACCGGCUACUGUCAGUACCUGCCACCAGGAAUAUUUAAGAGCACCUGCUACAUCGACGUGCGCUGGUUCCCCUUCGACGUGCAGCGCUGCGACCUCAAGUUCGGCUCGUGGACGUACGGCGGCUGGUCUCUGGACCUGCAGAUGAUCGAGGCCGACAUCACCGGGUACAUCGCCAACGGAGAGUGGGACCUCGUGGAGGUCCCCGGGCGGAGGAACGAGCGUUUCUACGACUGCUGUAAGGAGCCGUACCCCGACGUGACCUUCACCGUGGUGAUGAGGAGGAGGACGCUUUACUACGGACUCAACCUCCUCAUCCCCUGCGUCCUCAUCUCCACGCUCGCUCUGCUCGUCUUCCUGCUGCCCGCCGACUCCGGAGAGAAGAUCUCCCUGGGCAUCACGGUGCUGCUCUCUCUGACCGUCUUCAUGCUGCUGGUCGCUGAGAUCAUGCCGGCGACGUCCGACUCUGUUCCUCUGAUAGCUCAGUACUUUGCGACCACCAUGGUGAUCGUGGGUCUGUCGGUCAUCGCCACAGUUCUGGUUCUGCAGUAUCAUCACCACGACCCCGAUGGAGGACACAUGCCACAAUGGACUCGUGUAAUUUUGUUGAACUGGUGCGCCUGGUUCCUGAGGAUGCGGCGUCCCGGUGAGGCGAAGGUCCGCCUGGCGUGUCACAACGCCACCAAGCAUCGGCGCGGCAGCCUGUCCAGCCUGGAGCUCAGCGUCAGCCAGGGGUCGCUGCGACAUCACCCGCAGGUAACCAACGGCAACCUCCUCUACGUCGGCUUCCGAGGCAUGGAGGGGCUGCACUACGCCUCGCCCACCGAGCCUGAACUCCUCUGUUCGAGGCUGGUGGGAGGUGGCGCCGGUGGGGAGGAGGAUGCCCUGAGAGCAGGGGGCGGGGCCGGAGGAAGAGGGGGAGGAGCAGCGGUGGGGGGCUCGACGGUGGAGGCGGAGCUGAACCAGAUCCUGGAGGAGGUGAGGUACAUCGCCAGGCGUUUCCGCGGGCAGGACGAGGAGGAGACCGUCUGCAGCGAGUGGAAGUUUGCUGCGGCGGUGAUUGACCGGCUGUGUCUGGUGGCGUUCUCGCUCUUCACCAUCCUCUGCACCAUCGGCAUCCUCAUGUCGGCUCCCAACUUCGUGGAGGCCAUUUCCAAAGACUUCUUCAGCUGAGGAGGAGAGAAGGAGGCGAGGUGGAAAGAUGGUCUGUUGACUCCAGAAAUCUCCUGUAACUGUUGACUGUACAUAUGUAGAAUGAACGUUGUUGAGUGUUUUCAUUUCAAGGCAGCUGCAAUAACGUGAGAAACUGUUGUCUCUGUCUCUUGGGAGAAAAUAUCAGGCUUAAAGCUCCAUAUUUUCUUCUUCUUCUGUGUUUUAUUUGAAGUGUUGGUCCAUUAGAAGAUAUAAAAACCAUCUCAGUGUAGUUUCACAUCUCCUCUCUCAGGCUUCUCUCUGGAGCUCUAGUAACAUCAGGUCUGUGAGCCAAUCAGAAGAGAGGAGGCUCUGAGCCUCUCUUCUGAUUGGCUGACUGUUUUCUGAGUGAUCCAAUAAAAAUAAAGCAGAUUUCAGGUAAAAACACUCAGAGAAACCAAAUCCUGCAAGGUUUGGAUGGUGGGUCCAGGUGGGCGGGGCUUGGUGACUGCUUUGUUGUGACAUCACAAAGUUCCAGAAGUCCUGACGGCUGGUUUUAAGGCUCAGUUUCUGAAUACAGGCUGUGUGCAUUUCUCUGUGGACUGAGGCUUUGAUACUUUCACAGUAUUAAUAUAGAAGCUAGAGCUGAUCUAUAAUAUAUAAUCACACUACACAUGGACACAGACCUUUACACUGGAGGAGCUUUAAUAGUAAAUCCAUACAUGACUCUACUCAUUCAUUCCCACAUGAAAAUUUUAAAAUAGAUUUUUUUAUCACGAGUAGAAAUCAUCAAAUACAAAAUGUUAGAGGUAUUUGGCCGAUGAAAACUUUAUUUUAUGUGUAAAUUAAAUCAUGAUUCCUCAGCUCCAACAUCAUUCAGACUAGUUGUAAAAACACUUUAUAAUUACUUCUGUGGUGCUCAGAUGUCUUUUAACAGCUUUAACUGACAGCUAGCAGCAAGUAGUGAAGUGGGUAGAAAUUAUCAGCAAAGUAAGAGUUUAUCAGCUGACUCUCUAUGGUAGAGAAAAUAGAAAUAUGUAUUACACACUUUCUUGAAUAACAAAAUAUUUUUACACCUUUGAGUGUGACAAGAUAUUUUCCACCAGUUCUAUUACAGUUCUGUAAUUCCUGAUCUUUUUAUCCAGUUUCAAUGUGACAAGACUGAGAUACAUCCCAUUUUGUUAAGUGUUUAAAUGUAAAUGUGUAAAAGCCUCUGUCACGAAGAUGAACUGAACUUGUAACUGUGUGUUUCCCUGCCGACGGUGUGAAGUCUGACCAGGUUGUGAUUUCAGAGUGACUGCGGUUCAUCAGCUGUCGAAGUGUUUGUUGAGGUGAAACAGUCAGUCAGGCAGUUAACACGUUCAGUCACAGCCCGCUCUCUCUUCACUCUGCUCUUUGGAAAUAAAUGUAUUUUUCUUAAACACCAGGCGCUGAUGUGGAUCCUUCCAGCCGUCACAGUUUGAAUCAGAAAAUGUCCAACUUUUCUGCUCUACAGAUUCUCACCUUCAUUCAAAACGUUCAAAUGACGACGAUGAUGAUCAGCAUCGGCUGCCAAACAAAAACUGUACAAUUCAAGUAAAAUAUCCUAAUUCAAAUAAAGUGUAAAAACAAUACAUUUACAGAAAGUUUCAUUAAUAUUUCUACAGCGAAAAACUGUUAUUUUACAGAUUUCUCCUAAAUUAUUCUGAUCAAACUCCUUCAAUAAAGUGAC